GUUCACCCCAUCUCCCCCAGUUCCACGCCAUGGACACGCUGCAGCGGAACGGGUACGACCUGGCUCGGGCCAUGGCCACGCUGGUGCCGCAGGGGGGGCCGGUGCUGUGCCGGGACGAGAUGGAGGAGUGGAGCGCGUCCGAGGCCAUGCUCUUCGAGGAGGCCCUCGAGAAGUACGGCAAGGACUUCAACGACAUCCGACAGGACUUCCUGCCCUGGAAGUCGCUGGCCAGCAUCGUCCAGUUCUACUACAUGUGGAAAACCACCGACCGCUACAUCCAGCAGGUACGGGGGGGCCGGGGGG